AUGGUUGGUCCAUCUUUCGGCGGGCGCCGGGAACAAUAUAAACCCCGUGCGGACGGUCCUUUCAAUCAACAAGUCGGAUAUCGACCAAAUUAUUCCACCAACGGACCUGGAGGCGAGCCCGGCAUGCGGUACAACUCCCGCAACUGUACCAACCAAAAUCCAAACAAAAACAACCACGGCAGCCAUCACAACCACAAAAACCACAAAAACAAUGGCAACGCCAAUUCCAACAAUCGCAACCCUGGUUACCAUUACCAGGGUGGGCGGAAUUUCCACUCCAACGGGAACCAGGCAGCUGGACUGCCUCGAUUCCCUCGAUCCGGCAAUGCCGAUGAAAGUUACCGGCCUGGUAAUAACUUCCACAGACGAGUACCCCCCUCGGGACCUCGUUCAUACCACGGCCAGGACCAGGGCUACAACCAAAACCACCCCCCUGGUCAACACUAUGGACCCCGCGAGUACCGUCCAAACCAACACGCUCAAAGCCAACAAGGUCCUCGUCAAUACGGCUAUAAAGCCUCCAGCCAUCAAAACGACCAGCAAUUUGAUGGCCUCAAGCAAGGCCCCAAUCGCCGACGUCGUGGUGGCCGCAAUCGUUGUAACAAUCAAAUCCACCCAACGCCAAUGCAACUACCACUUCUACCACCGCUGCCGAUCCCAGAGACAUCAGAUUACAGCUUUACUGACGAUCUUGAACUAUUCGAGGAACCCAUUGAGCCUUUUGUUCCGAUCCUGGGCCCUGAUGGCAUGUACUACGACUGUGACGGGGACGUCAUCAUUGAAGACGCACCUGAAACCGACAUCGUCCAAAUAGUGACCGAAGGCACUGUCGAGAUGGCCAAAAUCACGCAAAGCCUACUCGAAUCCAUCACCACCUGGGGCUGA